ACUAUUUCUUUUAUAGCACCUUUAUUUAUUAUGGGUGGCAAGGUAAUGACUAAGAUCAGAAAAAUAAAAACAAAAUAAAUUUGCAAAAGUCAGAAAUUUUCACUCGAAGGCAAUAAAUAUUCGAAACGAAUACGAAAUUAGUUCAUUAAAUCGGAAAUAUAUAUUUCUUUCAAAAUUUGUUUGGUUUGGCCGAACACGUAGGCUAGAUAAAUUACUCAUGCCAGUCAAGGUGUUCCAAAAAAUGUCGUUGAACGAAGAGCUUAAUCCUGAAAAUCGUGAGCAGAAUCUUAAUAUAACUGCCGGUUCUCCUGAACAAAACGAGGAUGUGCAUGAUGCAUCCUACGCACCCCAAGUAACCAGGGAACUGACGCAGACUGAUCGCAUCAACAAACAUUUAUUGAAAUCAUUUCUUGAACGAAUAAAUGCUACGGGUCAAAUAAUGGAACACUUUUCAACACAAUCUCCACAACCAAAUUCGUCUGGGAACGAAAGUGAUGACUUCGAAGAACAAUUGUUCAUUGGCACAGAAAUCAUGUAGCUUCAGGCCAAAUUAUGUGAUUAGGUUUAAGCUCGUUUUCAAUCAUGUAUAAAUAAUUUCACACUUUUAUAUGUUUGUAGCGUUUGGCAAAUAAAUUGCAACAUGUGGUUUAUUAU